UCUCAAAAAUGUUUAAGACGACCCUGAUUUCAUCACCUUUUUUUAAAUUACAAAAUCAAAGCUAAUUUUAUAAAAUGGUUAAAAUCAUCCUUAUAAAAAUAAAUAUCAUUGUGAGAUAGAUUACCAUUUUAAGUAGCUUGGUUGAUACUUGCUUUUUAUUAAAGUUCCAAGAUUUGUGCGCAAUAAUAAAAAAGUAGUCUAUAGGUUACUAAAUGUCAUAAUAAUAACUUCUUACCAACCCCCCAUUUAUUUAUUUAUUCACAUAUAAAUAUAUAUUUGAGUAAUAAUUACUCUGAAAUCAAUUUGAUAAUAUGUUAAGCUAUAAAAGCUCCAAAUUAUCAAACAAACCAAAAUUUCUCGCACCCUCUUCUUCUUCAUCUAAAUAUUCCCUCUUGUAUAAAGCCUUCAAAAAUUUGAACAUUGUUAUGAGAAUUUCUUUGGUUUGUAGCUUCUUGUUACUCUUCGUUCUACAAAAUAAUUUAAAUGCCACGUUUUCUUUUGAUCGUUAUGAUAUUAAACAUGUUGCGAUUUACAAGAAGAUUCAAGAGAAGUUAUCUCCGAGGCGUAGAUUACAAUCGAUUAAUAAAACAGAAGAAAGAGUGUUCUACCCACAAGGGUAUGGUGCGGACCCAAGUGGAAUAGAAGACAGUAGUGAUGCUAUACUUAAAGCAGUAUCGGAUGCAUUCCAAGUUCAAAAGGGUCUUCGUUUGUUACCUAAUGUUAAUGAUUUGGGUGGUGUUGUUAUUGAUUUCCAAGGUGGGAAUUAUGUUAUCAACCAACCCAUUCCUUUUCCUCCUCUUUCUGGCAAUGUUGUGGUACGAGGAGGAACAAUAAGAGCAUCUAAUACAUUUCCAGGAGACCGCCAUUUAUUUGAACUUUCUUCUAAGCCUUCCAAACACCUCCAUAUAAACUCCACCACUAACACCCAAAACCAAAUCAGUGGUAUUCAAUACGUAGACAUCACCUUCCGUGACAUACUCUUUGACUCGAGCUUCCGUGGUGGCGGUCUAACCAUCGUCGACUCAGCUCGAAUACGAGUCACAAAUUGCUACUUCCUCCACUUCUCAACCCAAGGUAUUCUAGUCCAAGGAGGCCAUGAAACCUUCAUUUCGGACACUUUCCUAGGACAACAUGAAACCGUAGGCGGCGAUCCAGGGGAGAGGCAAUUCACAGGCACCGCCAUCGACGUUGGCAGCAACGACAAUGCCAUCACAAACGUGGUAGUAUUCUCGGCAGCUGUUGGAAUCAUUCUCCGAGGCCAAGCCAACAUGAUCACGGGCGCUCAUUUGUACAACAAGGCUACAGAUUUCGGCGGUGUAGGUAUUUUAGUCAAGUUAGCUGGAUUAUCACAAACAAGAAUUGAUAAUUGUUACUUAGAUUACAACUCUAUUGUUAUGGAAGACCCUGUACAAGUCCACGUAACGAACGGGUUCUUCCUAGGCGAUGGUAACGUGGUGGUGAAAUCGGUCCAAGGCCGAAUUUCAGGACUAAACAUCGUAAACAACAUGUUUAGUGGCGACCCUAGUAAAAACAAGGCAAUAGUAGAAUUACAAGGAGAGUUUAACAACAUUGAUCAAGUUGUUGUUGAACAUAACAACGUUAUCGGUAUGAAAUUAAAAUCAACUGUUGGUAAAUUGAGUAUAAAGGGAAGUAAUACGACUAAAUGGCAAGCUGAUUUUUCGAAAAUGUUGCUAUUUUCGGACAGGAUAGCUCAUUUUCAGUAUUCUAUUUAUAGUAAGGGAGGAGUUUUGGCUGUUCAUGGUGUUACUAAUGUGUCAAAUAAUGUUGUUACAGUUGAGACUGAUAAGCCUAUUGAUGGGGUGGUGUCUGUAUUAGUUUAUCAGUAUAAUGUUAUAGGAGAGGAAAUUAAUUAAUUGAAUUUGUCAUGUAAUUUGGUGAUUAUGCUUUAAUACAAUGAUGAAUAUGCAUAUUUUAAUAAAGUUUGACCAAUCCGCAACUUUUUUAAGU